GCCGGCGCUCAUUUGAAACCGGUUUUUGGGAUUUGAGACGCGGCUUAAAUUCAUUAAAUUCGGACACUGUUUCUGUAACAGAUUAACAAAUUAGAUGCAUAUGUACAUUAUUAUGAUAAAAUGCUAGAUUUUAAAAAUGGAGUCUAUGAAAACAACGGGUGGAAUAUCAUCAAAAUCCAAUGAAAAUGGAAAAAGGUGCGCUGUUUCUGCGGACAAGCUGAAAGACAAGGAAAUGGCGGAUUUGAUCCGUGUGUCUGGAGCUAGCACAUUCUUUACUCUUGUCAGAUUUCAAGCUCCUGAGGAGUUCUCUUCUUGUGGCACAGAUGAAACUCAAAGUGAAAAUUUCGAGAGCCUUAAACAAGAUGAAUCUUUCAGCAACAGUUUAGAAGAAGCAAAGACGAUAUUAAGGGGAAUCUUUACUCCAAGGAUUUGGGAACUUAAUGGAAAGAUGUGGAUGAGAAAGAUUGACAUCAGCCCUGCUUCAAGAGAAGAUGUGAAAUAUUUAACCGAGCUAUUGGAUAUCAAGCUGAAGGAGCAUAUGGCACAAACAACUGGGAUUUGUCAGAAAAGACGAGAACUAUAUACUCAGUUGUUUGAAGAACUCAUCCGACAAAGUAUCAUUACUUGUACGGAGCGAGGGCUGCUAUUGAUGAGGAUUAAAAAUGAGCAAAAACAGACUUUAAUUGGAUAUCAAACUCUGUAUGAGCACAGUUUACAGUACGGAAUCAAGAAGAUGUCUGAGACAAAGUUUAAUCUGGAUAUCCUUAGGGAAAAGGCUAGAACUCUGGAACGAGAUAUCACAAGAUUAAAAGAAGACGUUUCCCUUCUGAAACAAAAUCUACAUCAGACAAAGAUAAAAACGGAAGAAGAACUAUCGACUGAAUCAGAUCGUCAUGAUCAGGAGGUUCAGCUCUACAACAGGCGUAAUAUUCAGUUAAAACUACAAAUAGAUUUAAUGCCUCCGCAGUUUAUGGGAAUAUCUUCAUCCAGUUAUAGUUAAUGUUGCUUUAGAACAAUAAAAUAUAUUAAAAUU